CGAUAGGAGGCAGCAGCUGAUCUCCCCAUCACCAGCCUAAAAAUAAUUCACUCCAGGGCUUGGAGCUGCUUCGCUAAGUGGAGGAAAAUCCUGCCGCCGGGAUGAUAUUGAUCACAUAGCACAACCGAGUGAAAAUUGGGGUUGGUAUUUUGGUUUUGUGUUUGCAAAGUUGUAUCUUGCAGAGCGUGCAGAACAGAGUGAUAAUCCAGGGAAUGGGGCACAUUAUCUGUCAAAUUUUGUUCCACUGAAAUUGAAUGAGUUGUCCAUCAGCUCUUGCACCACAUAGGCAGACCUUCUGGAAGCAAUGAGGCUCUCAUUUUGUGGUAAUGACAAUGCUUCAGCAUACAACAUCACUGCUGGUGUCCUUAGAAAUGUCUGCUUUGUGGAUGCUCUCAACUUGGUUCCCCACGUCUUCUUGCUUUUUAUCACCUUUCCAAUUUUGUUCAUUGGCUGGGGAAGCCAAAGCUCCAAAGUCCAGAUUCACCACAAUACAUGGCUGCACUUCCCUGGGCAUAAUCUGCGAUGGAUUCUGACAUUCACUCUCCUGUUCGUACAUGUGUGUGAAAUAGCAGAGGGCAUAGUUUCUGAUACACAAAUGAAAUCUCGACAUCUCCAUCUCUUUCUACCAGCCAUAAUGGGAUUUGUGGCUGCCACUGUAUCCAUAGUCUAUUACCAUAACAUUGAAACAUCUAACUUUCCAAAGUUACUGUUAGCUCUCUUUCUUUAUUGGAUAAUGGCCUUUGUCACCAAAACUAUCAAGCUAGUCAGAUACUGCCAGGACGGUGUGCCUUUUUCUCAGCUGCGUUUCUGCAUCACUGGAAUUAUGGUGAUUCUCUACGGGCUGCUGAUGGCUGUGGAGAUCAAUGUCAUUCGAGUUAGGAGGUAUGUAUUUUUCAUGAACCCUCAGAAAGUGAAGCCACCAGAGGAUCUACAAGAUCUCGGAGUGAGGUUUCUUCAGCCAUUUGUCAAUUUGCUCUCAAAAGCAACUUACUGGUGGAUGAAUACACUUAUUAUAUCUGCUCACAAGAAACCUGUGGACCUGAAGGCAAUUGGGAAGCUUCCAAUUGCAAUGAGAGCGCUGACAAAUUAUGUUUGUCUCAAAGAAGCAUACGAGGAACAAAAGAAAAAAGUAGCAGAUCAGCCCAAUCGACGUCCCUCGAUAUGGUUGGCGAUGUACAGUGCUUUUGGACGACCAAUUCUUCUUAGCAGCACCUUCCGUUACUUGGCUGACUUGCUGGGUUUUGCUGGGCCUUUGUGCAUUUCUGGCAUUGUUCAAGGCUUCCAGAACACAACCUAUAGCACAAAUGCAACAGAAAAGGAUCCAUCGAAUUCAUAUCUUUCCUCAGACGAGUUCCUCAAGAAUGUUUAUGUUUUGGCAGUUCUCCUCUUCCUGGCCCUUAUCCUGCAGAGGACAUUCCUGCAGGCCUCCUACUAUGUGACUACAGAAACUGGCAUCAAUCUACGAGGUGCUUUAUUGGCAAUGAUAUACGAUAAGAUCCUGCGGCUUUCCACAUCCAACUUGUCCAUGGGAGAGAUGACACUGGGACAAAUCAAUAACUUGGUUGCCAUAGAAACAAAUCAAUUAAUGUGGUUCCUGUUCCUGUGCCCCAAUUUGUGGGCUAUGCCUGUUCAGAUAAUAAUGGGCGUAAUCCUACUUUAUAAUUUGCUUGGAGACAGUGCUUUGGUUGGUGCUGCUGUAAUUGUACUGUUAGCACCAAUACAGUACUUCAUAGCUACCAAGUUGGCUGAGGCUCAGAAGAGUACACUGGACUAUUCUACAGAGAGAUUAAAGAAAACCAAUGAAAUACUAAAAGGCAUUAAAUUAUUAAAGCUAUAUGCCUGGGAGCACAUAUUUUGUAAGAGCGUGGAGGAAACAAGAAUGAAGGAACUCACCAGUCUCAAAACCUUUGCACUCCAUACAUCUCUUUCCAUUUUUAUGAAUGCAGCCAUACCAAUAGCAGCUGUUCUUGCAACUUUUGUGACUUAUGCAUACACCAGUGACAAGCCUCUGCAGCCUGCCCAGGCCUUUGCAUCACUGUCGUUGUUCCACAUCCUGGUCACACCAUUGUUUCUGCUUUCCACUGUGGUUCGUUUUGCAGUCAAGGCUAUCGUAAGUGUACAGAAGCUGAAUGAAUUUCUCCUCAGUGAUGAGAUUGGAGAUGACAGCUGGAGAGGUGGGGACAAUUCUGUAGCUUAUGAAUCCUGUAAGAAGCACACAGGACUUCACACCAAGGCCAUCAACAGGAGGCAGCCCUUAAGGUAUCAGCUUGAAAACUAUGAACAGUCAUCAAGAAGGCAAACACGCCCUGUGGAGACAGAUGACAUCGCAAUCAAGGUGACCAAUGGAUACUUUUCAUGGGGAAGUGGUUUGGCUACCUUGUCCAAUAUAAAUAUCAGAAUCCCAACAGGUCAGAUGACAAUGAUUGUGGGUCAAGUUGGCUGUGGCAAGUCCUCACUUCUCCUUGCUAUAUUAGGAGAGAUGCAGACCCUGGAAGGAAAAGUUCACUGGAGCAAUGUAAAUGAAACUGAGCCUUCUUCUGAAGCAUCCAGAAGUAAAAACAGAUACUCAGUGGCUUAUGCAGCUCAGAAGCCAUGGCUACUGAAUGCAACAGUGGAGGAAAACAUUAUCUUUGGGAGUCCAUUUAAUAAACAGAGGUAUAAAGCUGUUACAGAUGCGUGUUCUCUGCAGCCUGACAUUGACUUACUACCAUUUGGUGAUCAGACCGAAAUUGGAGAAAGGGGGAUUAAUUUAAGUGGUGGCCAACGACAGAGAAUCUGUGUGGCUCGAGCACUCUAUCAGAAUACCAACAUUGUCUUCUUGGAUGACCCAUUCUCUGCUCUGGACAUUCACUUAAGUGAUCAUUUAAUGCAGGAAGGAAUUUUGAAGUUUCUUCAAGAAGACAAGAGGACUCUUGUUCUGGUGACGCAUAAGUUACAGUAUCUACCACAUGCUGAUUGGAUCAUAGCAAUGAAGGAUGGAAUGGUGCUUAGGGAAGGGACUCUAAAGGAUAUCCAAAACAAUGACAUUGAGCUCUAUGAACACUGGAAAACUUUGAUGAAUCGCCAAGAUCAAGAAUUGGAAAAGGAUAUGGAAGCUGACCAGACUACUCUGGAGAGAAAAACUCUUAGAAGGGCCAUGUACCCCAGGGAAUCCAAAGCACAACUGGAAGAUGAAGAUGAAGAGGAAGAAGAGGAAGAAGAUGAAGAUGAUAACAUGUCAACUGUCCUGAGGCUCAGAACAAAGAUGCCAUGGAAAACCUGCUGGAGAUAUCUAACUUCUGGAGGAUUUUUCUUGCUCUUUCUGAUGAUUUUCUCAAAGUUGUUGAAACACUCAGUUAUAGUGGCUAUAGAUUAUUGGCUUGCUACAUGGACAUCCAUGGGCAAUGCAAGUGAAUUCAUGAAUGCUGAUGAUGUUCGGAGCACAGAAAAGACUUACCAUGUAGCUGUCUUCAGUAUCCUCUCUGGAGCAGGGAUUGUCCUAUGCCUCAUCACGUCUCUGACCGUGGAGUGGAUGGGCCUCACAGCAGCCAAAAAUCUACAUCAUAAUCUCCUCAAUAAAAUCAUCCUUGGACCAAUCAGGUUCUUUGAUAUGACUCCACUGGGGCUAAUUCUAAAUCGCUUUUCUGCUGAUACAAAUAUAAUCGAUCAGCACAUUCCUCCUACCCUGGAGUCUCUUACCCGGUCCACAUUACUCUGCCUAUCAGCCAUUGGAAUGAUCUCAUAUGCCACUCCAUGGUUCCUUGUCGCCCUUGUGCCCCUUGGGAUAGCAUUUUACUUCAUCCAGAAAUACUUCAGAGUUGCUUCCAAGGACCUCCAGGAACUUGAUGACAGCACCCAGCUACCAUUACUCUGUCACUUCUCUGAAACAGCUGAAGGCCUUACCACUAUCAGAGCAUUCAGGCAUGAAUCCAGGUUUAAACAACGCAUGCUGGAACUAACAGAUACGAACAACAUUGCCUACUUAUUUCUAUCGGCUGCCAACAGAUGGCUGGAGGUCAGGACGGAUUAUCUUGGUGCUUGCAUAGUUCUUACUGCAGCUAUCACUUCCAUCACCGAAGGGCCAAACUCGGGGUUUGUGGGGCUAGGUCUCCUGUACGCUCUGACAAUAACCAACUAUUUGAACUGGGUGGUGAGGAAUCUGGCUGAUCUGGAGGUGCAGAUGGGCGCUGUAAAAAAAGUACAUAGCUUCUUGAACAUGGAGUCGGAGAACUAUGAUGGCUACUUGGACCCUUCUCAAGUCCCAAAAGACUGGCCCCAGGAGGGGGAAAUCAAGAUUGAAAAUUUGUGUGUGCGAUAUGAAAACAACCUGAAGCCUGUUCUCAAACACGUUAAAGCUUAUAUUAAACCAGGACAAAAGGUUGGGAUCUGUGGUCGUACUGGCAGUGGCAAGUCAUCCCUGUCUUUAGCAUUCUUCAGAAUGGUGGACAUAUUUGAUGGGAGGAUAGUGAUUGAUGGAAUAGACAUCAGCAAAUUGCCUCUUCACACUCUCCGUUCCCGACUCUCCAUUAUCCUCCAGGAUCCGAUACUGUUCAGUGGUUCCAUCCGCUUCAAUUUGGAUCCAGAAUGCAAGUGCACUGAUGAUAGACUCUGGGAAGCUCUGGAAAUUGCUCAGCUGAAGAACAUGGUCAAAUCAUUGCCAGGAGGCCUUGAUGCAAUGGUAACAGAAGGAGGAGAAAACUUCAGUGUAGGGCAAAGACAGCUCUUUUGCCUGGCCCGAGCCUUUGUUCGCAAGAGCAGCAUUCUUAUCAUGGAUGAAGCCACAGCAUCUAUAGACAUGGCCACAGAAAAUAUUCUGCAGAAGGUCGUGAUGACUGCCUUUGCAGACCGCACAGUUGUAACAAUAGCGCAUCGUGUAUCUCACAUCUUGGACGCCCAUAUUGUCCUAGUCCUUUCUGAUGGUUUUCUAGUUGAAUGUGACACUGCCUCAAACUUACUCCUCAAGGAGGACGGCCUGUUCACCACUUUGGUGAAGACUCACAAGUAGACUCUCUCAGUCCACACUGUUCACAAGACUUCUGACUAUUUGCAUCGGGUCCACACUAUCCUAACGGCAGACCUGGUCAUUGUCAUGAAGCGAGGGAACAUUUUAGAAUAUGAUACGCCUGAGAACCUGCUUUCUCAAGAGGAUGGCAUCUUUGCUUCAUUUGUCCGGGCUGACAUGUGAAGAACCACAUGAUGUGUUUUAAAAGCUUAUUUUUAAACAAAUGAAAUGCAUAUUUUUUAAUUCAGUGUAACAUCA